AUGCCGCACAAGCACAGAUCAAAAAAGGGCGACAAUGGAGCUGAGUUUGAUCUGCCUCCAACGGAGAAUGCGCGUCCACUCCCAGUAAAGAAGCGCAAUGCGACAACAACUUCUGGGGACGGAGUCACAAAGAAGCGCCAGAAAAUUUCAACGAGGAAUAAUGAUACGCCCCGAGCCUUUAGGAGACUCAUGGCCGUGGCAGCGGGCAAGAAACUCAGAUCAGGCUUGGACGAUGGCCGAGCUGAGAAAUCCACAAAGGGAGCUGAUAAACCGAGCGAGGACCUGCAAAUUCGCCCUGGCGAGAACCUAGGGGCCUUCGCCAGCCGCGUUGAUGCAGCCUUGCCAGUAUCAGGGCUCGCCAGGAAAACCAGCGUAAACAAAGACGGCAAAGAUGCACAAGGCUUCAAGGUGUACCGAACUCGCAAAGAACGCAAGAUGCAUAAGCUCUACGAGCAAUGGAGAGCAGAAGAGUUAAAGAUACAGGAAAGGAAGGAAGAGGAGCUGGAGCGCAUAGCAGAGCGCGACUUGGAAGACGACGCCGCUGGCAUCCUUACCUCAGUUGCUUUCCAGAACGAAAAUAGCCAAGGAAAGAGAAAGAAGGGUCAUAAACGAAGAAAGGCUGCAGAGGAAGAUCCAUGGCUUGAAUUAAAGAAGCGAAGAGCAGAGAAAAAACCCAAGAUCUAUGAGACAGUAUUAGCACCUCCUGAGUUCUCUAAUAAAGGAUAA